GGCUUAUUCGCUCGCUCUCCCUCCUGUGGCGGCUGGGCGCCUUUUCGACGCGUGAGGCGGUUUCCGCGCAAACCCUGAAGGGAAGAGGAGGAGGAGGAGGAAGUGUGGUCGAAGGCAGCCCAGGCCUCCUCGCCUGAGGGGAAUUUUCUCCUUUUAGCAGAGGGAGAGUCAAAGCCAGACACCUUCCUGUUUAUUGAGAGGCAGAACUUGUCCAUGUUUCAAGUCCAGUUGAACGUCUAUUUGAACCCAUCGCGACAGUGAUGGAGAAGGCAUCUUUGCUGCAGCUGCGUAUUUUUGAUCUCAAUUGCUGGGGUAUUCGCUACAUAAGUAAAUUACAGCAGGAACGUGUAGAAUUGAUCGGUGAUGUUCUCAACCAGGAAGGAUUUGACUUGGUCCUUCUACAAGAGGUGUGGAGUGAGAAAGAUUAUUGGGAGUUGAAGAAGAAAUUGUGUACCUGCUACCCAUCUUCCUAUUAUUUCAAAAGUGGAGUGAUUGGCAGCGGGGUCUGUGUCUUCUCCAAACACCAAAUACUUGAUACCUUCCAGCACCAGUAUUCUGUAAAUGGUUAUCCCUACAUGAGAGAGAGCAAGAGAGGGAGGAAGGCUGGAAUGAGUAAAUUCCAACAUGGAGAUUGGUUUGGUGGCAAGUCUGUGGGGCUGGUGGUGCUAAAGAUCAAAGGAAUUGUUUUCAACAUCUAUGUAACACAUCUCCAUGCAGAAUACUCUCGGGAAAAGGAUUAUUACCUGUCCCAUCGAGUGGUUCAGGCCUGGGAACUUGCCCAGUUUAUACAACAUACUUGCAAAGGAGCUGAUGUGGUUCUGCUUGGAGGAGAUCUCAAUAUGCAUCCAGAGGAUGUUGUCGUUCGGCUGUUGCAAGGUUGGGUUGGGCUACAGGACUCCUUCAUCACAGCAGAAAAGGUUGAGGGUUGUGAGGAUGGCUGUACUCUGGUGCCAGCCAACUGCUUCACAAACAAGAAGGAACUACAGUGUUUCCCCCAAGGAAUUCGUAUUGACUACAUUCUUUAUAAGGGAUUAUCUCAGUAUGAAAUAAGGUGCAAUAGCCAUAAAACUACAACUGGGAAAGCUCCUAACAAGGACAUUCCUUACUCUGACCAUGAAGCUGUCAUGGUCACCCUAUCUGUGGCUAAAAAACAAUCAGAUGAAGAACUAAACCAUCCUGCAGUUGCGCCAACAGUGGUGGACAUCUUGAAUGAAGCACGAAUGGAGGUGCGGGUGGGACUUCACUCAGCAGAACGCCAGCGGUAUUCCUGCGGCCGCAUGGCUGUCCUCGCUUUGCUGCUGCUGCUCAUUCAAGGAGCCAUGGGCCUGACUUCCAUCUUGGGUGGAAACAUACAGCAGCCCUUCCCCAAGUUCUCCUUCUCCCUGCUUAGUCUGCUGGCUGUGUUGGUCUUACUCAUCUCAGCUGUACUGUAUCUCUUCCACACCAUUGAAGUGAGGAUGCUGCAGGGAACAGAGGAGGAAAUGCGGCUGGGGCUGCAGACCCUCCAGGACAAGCUGAGCUCAGGAUGAAGCCUUUUGUUCCUGAAGCUGUGAUAGGGACCAAGAGACCUUUUGGCAAACUUGCGAGCAGAACAUCCUCCAUUUUCUGCUGUGUUCUCAGCGGAAGUAGUAAAGUAUUUGGUAAUAACUAGCAUUUGAUACUGUAAAGGAUUUUUAGCCAUUUUUUAGGAGGGUAACAUUUCAAUGGAUGGGUCUAUCUUUCCAUUGAAUAAAUUAUUUUUAAAACCCUAUUGUAAAAAACAGAAUUUUGAAGGUAAAAUGGGAAUGAUAUGGGACUGAAGUACUGUAUAGAGAAACCAGCAUUUUAAUUUUUUAAAAAGAAGUUAUGUUGCUCAAACUGCAUAAAAUGCAGAAUGACUCAGACAAGGUAGUACUGCAAAAGCUGAUGUAAAUUAAUUAAAAUAAAUGCUCUCACUAGUUGUA